CAGAAUAAUAACAUAAUUGUUUGAUAUGUAUAUAUAUAUGCUUGAAAUAAUCCACCAUCUAAUUUUUAAUGAAGCAUGAAAGAAAACUAGAGCUCAGCACAAUCCGUGCCCGGCGAAGAUCCUAAUCUUCCCUUCCCGACAGCGGAGAGCUGCAGCGGCGGGCACAUUCGUUCCAUGACCGAGCAGCGCGGCUGUCGCCGGCCCCGGGAGGGAGCUGUACCGAGCCCGCAGCCCGAGGGGCCGCCGCCGGGCCGGGGGAGCCGGGAGUCGGGAGAGGGCAGCGAGCGGCCGGGCGGCACCGCCCGCGGGGGAGCACCGGGGGGACGGGCCCGGGGUCCCCCGUCCGCCGGCUCUGCCGAGGGCGCGAUGGAAACUCCCUGAAUGGAGCCAGGACACACGCGCUGCAAAGGUGAGGAUCUUCGGCCGCCGCAUGAAUACGGCUUCGCCCGGCGAUGGCCUCGCAGCCCACGCCAGCAUGGGUGCUGCUGCUCAGCCUGCUGGCCAACUGCCUGCAAGCCGUGCAGCCCAAGGACUUCACCGUGAAGGACAUCGUCUACCUCCAUCCUUCCACCACACCGUAUCCUCACGGAUUUAAAUGUUUCACCUGCGAAAAGGCAGCAGAUAAUUACGAAUGCAACCGAUGGGCUCCGGAUGUCUAUUGUCCAAGAGGUACAAGAUACUGUUUCAGCCAACACAUGAUGAAAGCUACUGGAGAGAGCGUAUCUGUCACCAAACGCUGUGUACCAUUAGAGGACUGUCUGUCUACGGGUUGCACAUAUGUAAAGCAUGAAGAAUACAAGAUCUGCACCUCCUGCUGCGAAGGGAGCAUCUGCAACCUGCCCCUGCCAAGGAACACAACAGACGCCGUAUUUACAACCCUCUCCCCCCUCAACAAAACACAGAGACUUUCACAUCCCGUCCUGCUGACAACGGCGUGUCUCUGGCUGGGGCUGAUGUCACAGCGCUGGGUCACGCUGCCACGCGUGGCGGGUCCGGACAGCUGAGCUGGGUGACAUCAUCUGCGCGAACGUUCAACCUCUCCCUACGGAGCCGCGCUUUGGGGUUGCCUUAGAAAGACUGGGUUUCCUCCUUAUUUUUUGGCAAUGAUGAACUAGUGAGCCCGGGAUGUGGACGCAUCCGAAGCGGGUAAACCCAUCACGUUUCUCCACUCUUUUCUGAAGAAACUCAUUCCAAAUGUUCCCAGAAUCCCUGGCUGAGACCGAUACAUACACUUUCCUUAAUGCCUGUCUUUUCUCCAUGAAGAAAUGUUAUUUAAAAGUACUUUAUCACUGCCAGCUGCUGUUAUCAUCACUUACACAUUUGAAACUUUCUUGUUAUAAUUUGUCACAGCACUAACUCCGGCGUCUCGUUAACCCGUUUCGAGAACACAGGGUACAUAAUACAUAGGUCAGCAUGUCUUGCCGUCUCCCCGCAUCCCCUGCUCUCGGCGAGGGUUUUGCUGGAAGGGAUGAGGUCAAAGGAGCAGCAGCAGCUUGCAUCAGGCCAGCGUCGCACACAGAUGCUUCCUCCGAGGUUGUCCACCAGCAGCACGAAUAACACCACACGCUGGGACGUGCGGGGCAUCGCUUUGGUUUAUAAGCCAAACCAGAAAAAAACUCUCAAAUCUCCGUUCCCGGAGCGUGAUGAGAGGGGGGUGGGUGUGUGGUCCCCGACCCCGUCUCGAGGAGGAAGGCGUACGCAGCGCUGCUGGGUGUGCGGGUUGAGAUGCCGGCGCCGGCCGAGCCGACAGGUUCCUGGUGGUUUGGGGCUUUGCAUAUUUUCACAUUUUGGCACCUGGUCCUACAGCAGGAGAGAGUUCAUCCUGAAUAGCUUCUGUUGUUUUAUUUAAUGCACUCCCACUCCGGAGUGGGGACUAGCUGCAGCUGUAUUUUGGUGACCUGUGUUGCUUGUUUUGCUCGGAAAUCAUGUAUGCAAUAUUUAUUUUUGUAUGUUGAGUAAGAUCUAAAGUGUUUAAAAGAUUCUUAAUACUGAUAUUGCCAGGUAAAAUGGUUGUUUUGCAAGUAGGUAAGCCUGUAAUAUAUAAAUUAUCAUAUAAAUAUAUAUAUAAAAUGUUUUGCAUUAUUAUUGAAAGAGAAUCAGCUUUGUUUUGCAGGGUCAGUAAUAAAAGCAGGGUAUCCAUGGACUUGUUUUAAAGUUAAACCAAACUUUUUAAUAAUUUUUUGUUUGCUUGUUUUUUGAAAACACCACUAUAAUCAUAAAUUGUUCUUUUAUGAGCUAAUUUUUGGCUCCUCGUGCUCCAAGGUAACUUGCGCUUUAUCAAGUUCCAGUGUGCUUGUGCUCGGAAGUGAUUUUUUUUUUUUUUUUUUGGGGGGGGGUGAGUUACACAGUGAAAGGGAAAGGCAGAUGAAGGAAGCCAACGCUGGAACCCAAACACUUUGUAAACACCUUCGGUGCUUUGAAAGGGCUCCUGGAGGGUACCAGCAAACCCCCACCUAGCAGCAUCUGCCUGCGGUACCAUUAAUAGCCGGA